AGCGUCAGUCCGGCGUCUCCCACCGAAGCAGUCGCAUCUGUUCUGUUCUGUUCGCGCCCGGGUUGCAACCAGUACCGAAGCGGAGUCUCUCAGUAGGGAAGGACGGCCUGUCUAGCGAUGGGUAACUGUUGUUCGACGUUCAGGGCGGUAUUCAAGCCCAACGAAGGCAGCGGGGGCGGCAUCCCUCUGAUGCCCGUGAGGGGCGGGUCGACACGCAGGCCUGACAGCCUCCCCAAGCCGCCCGCCGCUGUGGUGCCCCCGCCGCCAUCGCUUGGCGAUGUGCCAGACGCUGGGGUGGCGCCGGAGGUGGCGUCCGUGAAGGAGGUGGACGUGCUGCUGGCAGAGAACGGCGACGCCCACCGCACGCGCCAGUACGAGCUGAUGGACCGCGAGAAGGAGCCCAGGCUGGUCGUCCGCCGCGGCCAGCCCUUCGCAGUCAGCGUCACGCUCAGCCGCCCCUACAACCCGGACAUCGACGCCAUCUCCUUCGUCUUCACUGUCGAAGACGCGGAGAAGCCGAGCUACGGACAGGGCACGCUGGUGGCCGUGCCGCUGCUGGCCAAGGGCGCCGAGUCUGGAGCCGCCUGGAACGCCGUGCUGGACUCCAGCGCCGACGACAUCCUGCGCAUACAGAUUACUCCGGCGGCAGAUGCUAUUGUGGGAAAAUGGAAAAUGGACAUCGACACCAAACUGAAGAACGACGGCGCAGUCAGCUACAGCUACAAGGACCCGUUCUAUAUCCUGUACAACCCCUGGUGCCGACAGGACCAGGUGUUCUUGGAGGGCGAAGAACUGCUGCAGGAGUAUGUGCUGAAUGACACAGGCCUCAUCUGGAGAGGCAGCUACAACCGGCUGCGCCCGUGUGUCUGGAAGUAUGCCCAGUUUGAGAAGGACAUCCUCGACUGUGCCCUUUAUCUCGUCAGCAAGAUCGGCGGCGUUCGCCCAAGUGAGUGCGGAGAUCCUGUGAGGGUCUGCAGAGCCAUCUCAGCAGCAGUAAACUCUCCAGACGACAAUGGAGCAGUAAUGGGCAAUUGGUCUAAUGAUUAUGGUGGUGGUACUCCACCUACAAAAUGGAUAGGUAGUAUGAAGAUCUUGCAGCAAUUCUACAAGAAUAAGAAACCUGUGAAAUAUGGUCAGUGCUGGGUAUUUGCAGGGGUACUUACAACUGUUUGCCGAGCACUGGGUCUACCAGCACGUACUGUAACAACAUACUCAGCUGCCCAUGACACCCAAAACAGUCUGACAGUUGACUAUUUUGUUGAUGAUAAGGGUGAGAUCAUGGAAGAAAUGAACAGUGACUCCAUAUGGAACUUCCACGUAUGGUCUGAAGUAUGGAUGGAACGUCCUGAUCUGAUGCCUGGAGAUGGAGCCCACUAUGGUGGUUGGCAGGCAGUUGAUUCAACACCACAGGAACUGAGUGACAACAUGUACCGCUGUGGGCCUGCUCCAGUUGUAGCUGUGAAACAGGGUGAAGUUCUUCGGCCAUAUGACUCUGGUUAUGUGUUUGCUGAAGUCAAUGCUGACAAAGUAUUCUGGCGUUACAGUGGCCCAACUCAACCACUCAAAUUAAUUCGCAAGGACAUGCUUGGGAUUGGACAAAACAUCAGUACAAAAGCAGUUGGUCGCUUUCAGAGAGAGGACAUCACAAACACUUACAAAUAUCCAGAAAAGAGUGUUGAAGAGCGUGCUGCUAUGCUGAAGGCACUAAGGCAGAGUGAAAGUCUUUUCAGCAGAUAUUACCUCAAUGAAGACUUUAAUGACAUACAUUUCAAUUUUGAGCUAAGGGAUGAUAUUGUAAUUGGCUCACCAUUCAGUGUUGUGGUUGUCAUGAAGAACAGGAGCAAUCAACAGGAUUAUACAGUUACUGUCCUGUUGCGAGUUGACACAGUGCUUUACACUGGCCAUGUGAAGGAUGGAGUAAAGAAAGAGAAGGUUGAGCGUUUAAUCAAGGCUGGAGCUGUUGAGGAAGUAAGGAUAGAUGUGGCAUAUGAGGAUUAUUACAAACACCUGGUGGAUCAGUGUGCAUUCAAUAUUGCCUGUCUUGCCACUGUUCAUGACACAAAGUAUGAAUAUUUUGCCCAGGAUGACUUCCGUGUCCGUAAGCCUGACAUUAAGAUUAAGUUGGAAGGUGAACCUGUACAAGGUCAAGAGAUGUCUGCUGUCGCAACUUUGAAGAACCCAUUGCCAAUACCAGUGAAGAAAGGACAGUUCUUGAUUGAAGGCCCUGGAAUAGCUAAAACACAGAAGAUAAAACUUUCCCAGAACAUUGCUCCCGAUGAAGAGGCAUCAGUCAACUUUAAAUUUACACCAAAAUAUGAUGGCCGGGCAACAAUUGCUGCAAAAUUUACAUCAAAAGAGCUUGAUGAUGUGGAUGGAUUCCUUAAUUUCAUGGUUGAACCCAAGAAAGAAGUGAAUGGUACUGGGAAUGCAGCUUAAGAAGAGCCAGAUUUAAUGAUCUGCAAUUUGACAUUCAAGUACAUUAAGGAAUUUUUUGUAUUGUUUUGGAGAAUUAUAUGAGAGAACAUCUCACAAAAGAGGGAUGCAUUAUUUAAAUAAGACUGCUGUUUCAGAUUCAACAUUUGUUAGUAAUGUAGUAUAUAUUAGGAACUAAAUUAGCUAUUAUCUGCCAAAUUCCUCCUUUUUUCAUUAACAUCACAUAUAUUUUGUAUCGAGUCACACAUCAUCAUUUUCCCUGCACGUUAUUGUAUAUUUUGAUUUCAGCUAACCAUGUUGGUAGCUACUGUCUCAAAGUUCAAGAUGAUGCCAUGAUAUUGAAUGUCUGGUAUUUCAUAAAGUUUACUUAUUUCCUUAUUUCAUUUCAUCAAAAUAAUGGAAACAGUACUGUCAUGAGAUUAAUCUUUAAUUUAUUUUUGAUGCAGUUUAUUACUCAUAUUUCAUACACUGUCAGCAGCACUUGGAAGGAAACAAAGUUUAUGUCUUUCAUGCUGACAUUCAGUAUAAGGCUUUAUUUCUAUGGAUGUUUCAAAUACUUUUAGGCAGUAUUAAAUGAAUAUAAGGUCGUGUAUUCAUCAGAACUUUAUUUUUAUUUAUAUAUUACAGGAAGAGAAUUUAAAGUACUCCAUUAAAACUUUUUGAUGUGUAUUUAUAUCUGCACGAUCCAGAUGUUCAAAAUAGUAGGAAAAGUGCAGCCUUGAAAACAAUGUCAAGCUAAAGAUACAUUUUUUGUAAAAAUAUGUUUGUAUUAUACAUUAAUGUGUUUUGAUAUCAGUGUAUGGAGUUUUCCUAUAAACAAGAAACACUUUAAACUGGCCUGUUGCACUUAUGUAAAAGGCAGCUGAGUUUUAUAUUAAACAUCUGGUAGCUACUAUGAUGUAAUUAGAUUUACUUUUGGUGCCUUUUUGUAAAAUAACAUUUAAUUUUAUAUUCUCAGGGCAACUUUUAUAAGCUGUAUAAUAAAAUUAAUUAUGUCUAUGAGAAGACAGCUGUAGCCAGAUGUGAGUAGCUAUGAUGAGUGAAAAGAACUGUAACAAAAUCAAGAAAUUAGUUGAAAUAUAGUUAAUAGUACAAUUUCAUUCCAGCAAGAAAUCAUUGGCAAAUAUUUAAAAUACAACACCAGAAAUUUUCAGUUUAUUCAUUAGUACAGUAACAAGAAAUGAUCAUGUAUGAAGAACAAAUUGUCUUCAAUACAUGCUUAGUAAUCUAAUCAUGUGUUUCUACAGUGUGCUUCAUUAAAUAUACGUAGUUUGUCUGUCUGAGAGUGAAAUUUGUUGUUGAUAUUAGAUGUUUAUAGCUAUGUUUGUGUUAUGUUUCAGUGUAUAUUAUAUUUAAUGACUCAUUAUUUUAUUCAGAUGGAUAUUUUAAUAUGUUUGUAGACAUUUACAUUUUUAUAAACAUUAGAAAAAGUAUGAAACUGCCAUUUAACAAACUUAUUCAUUAUGAUGCCAUAAGAAGUAUGAAAAUGUAGUGCAUUUAUUUUUGUGUACCAAAUGUGAAAUAAAUGUUUUGUCUUAAAAGUU